UCUCAUUGGUACUUUGCAGGGAUCUCAAACCUUAAGUUUGGAAGGAUAGUGACUUCUUUACCUCCAAAGGCUACCUUUUUUGAUGAUCCUUUAUGAGUUUUUCGAGACAUUAGAUUUGGUGCUAGAUUUGAAUUCACUCUAGAUGAAGAUCUGAAAGUAGCUGCUGCAUGUGGUGAUGUGAAAGAUGCUCUUGCUACUAAAAUUAGCAAAGAGUGCAUUGGAACAGAGGUUAAUCUUAUGAUAUCUAAAAAUCAUCAUGUCAAAGCAUUGACUCAUAUUUGUGAUCUGACAUUAUUUUGGAAUGUGUUCAGUCUUCUUCCUGAGUUUGAACCUGCUAUUCCAUAUGGAUGUAAAAGCACGUUCUUCAGGUGAGGGACAAAAUCAAACUUUCCGACAUCGAGCGCAGGAUCUUCGAUAGGCUUCUCGCCAGUCUCCGCCACUUCAACCUCCAAACUCAGGUCCGCGUCGCCGGCGGCUGGGUCCGUGACAAGCUCCUGGCGAAGGAUUGCUAUGACAUCGAUAUCGCUCUUGACAAUAUGAUGGGCACCGAGUUUGCCCAUAAGGUGAAGGAGUACUUGGUGUCCAUCGGUGAAGGUAAAGAUGUUCGGGGUGAUGGCAAGAUUAAGUCCAACCCUGACCGGUCUAAACAUUUGGAGACAGCAACGAUGCGUUGGUUUGAUAUGCAGAUUGAUUUUGUUAACUUAAGGAGUGAAGAGUAUAUUGAGAAUAGCCGCAUUCCUUCUAAGCAAAGCUUUGGCACACCUGAAGAGGAUGCAUGUAGGAGGGAUUUGACAAUUAACAGCUUAUUCUACAAUAUCCACACUGACUCGGUUGAAGAUUAUACCAAAAGAGGGAUCUCAGACCUUAAGUCCGGAAGGAUAGUGACUCCUUUACCUCCAAAGGCCACCUUUCUUGAUGAUCCUUUACGAGUUCUUCGAGCCAUUAGAUUUGGUGUUAGAUUUGAAUUCACUCUAGAUGAAGAUCUGAAAGUAGCUGCUGCAUGUGAUGAUGUGAAAGAUGCUCUAGCUGCUAAAGUUAGCAAAGAGCGCAUUGGAAAAGAGGUUGAUCUUAUGAUAUCUGGAAAUCAAGCUGUCAAAGCAAUGACUCAUAUUUGUGAUCUGACAUUAUUUUGGAAUGUGUUCAGUCUUCCUCCUGUGUUUAAACCUGCUAUUUCAGAUGGUUGUGAAAGGCUUUGCGUUGCUUACUUGGACACUGCAUGGAACCUUAUCCAUUUACUCAAAGAGUCAACCUUUAAAGACAAAGAAAGGAGAUUUUUACUUUUUGCUGCAUUGUUCCUCCCACUUAAAAAUACCACUUACCAAGUUAAGAAAGCGAAGAUGGUUCCUGUUGUCAAUUAUAUUAUUGUUGACUCACUCAAGCAAAAAGGCGAGGAUGCAAAAAUGGUGCUUGAUUUACACCGAGCAUCACACAAAUUCUUGUCGUUGAUUCCUUGUCUUGCAUCUAAUGAGGAUUUGCAACCUGAUGAUGUUGAUUGGGUGAGAGGAUUGAUUGAUGAUGUCUCUAUUGCUUCUAGAGUUCGGGUUCUAACAGGUUUUCUCUUGAGGGAGAUUAAAGAUUUAUGGAGAGUUGCACUAUUGGUAUCCAUAUUAUUACAUCCCAUUGGCAUUAACGACACUGAGGAUGAAUCCUCACAAUUGCACAAACGAAGAGAUCUGUUUAAUACAGUGGAGAGUUCUAUAAUAAAACUAGGCCUCGACAAUGUUUGGGAGGUUAAGCCAUUGAUCAGUGGCGAAGAUAUUAUGAAUGUCUUACAGCUUAAAGAAGGACCACUCGUUAAGGAGUGGAAAGAAAAAUCAAUGGCAUGGCAACUUGCCAAUCCUUUUAGAACUACUGAGGAAUGCAUUGACUGGUUAAGAGAAACCAAUUCUAAGCGGGUAAAGUUGGAGUGAAGUCGGAAUGCCUUUGAUCAUUUGUCUGUUCCAAACACCUUUGCCUUGGAUGAUACGAGGAAUCCACUUAAUGCACACAUGGCUUGUGAAUGUUGUAUGAAGCCCACAAUUAGGAUGAAAGUAUUUAUGUAUAUAAACAUGAUAUAUGAAUUAUGAAUAUAUCUCAAAUUAUUUAUAAAGAUAUGUAUUUAUAUUAAUUAUUAAGAUAAAUUAUUAUUUAAAAUUUAACUUUAUAAA